GGACAUCUACUUGGUCUCUCCAAGCGAUCGUCCAGCCCAGUACCGCCGGUCAACACAUCCCCGACCGACUUCUCCGGCACCCGCCUGAGAGACAACAGACCACAGAAGAAGCCGCCCAAGUUUGAGACAACAUGUGGAAGGGACUAGCUCUCUGUUUCUGUGCAGUCAUGGCCUGCAUCGCUGGAGGUUUGGCAGCACCAACCAAAGCAGACAGCUCCCACCAUCGCGGGAAGCGAGCCGUGAAGGCCGCUGUCGCCAAAUUCGCUAAAGACGCCGCCCUGGACAUCGGCCAAAAGGUGGUGGACAAGCUCGGGGACAGGAUCGCGGAGGCGGUCGUGGAGAACCACCGGGAGAAGGUGGUGUCGGGGCUGGAGAGCUACUUCUCCGGGCAGUUUGACAAGGCAGACGAGGCGUUUGAUGAAGUGCUAGCCCGCGGCGGAGACCUGCUCUCCGGUGUGGGUGGAAAUGUGAAACAGGCCAAGCUGAGCAUGAUUAACGGUAGGGGCUCCAACACAGGGGACUCCUUCUCCCCACCAGACCAGGAGAUCCGCAUGGAUUUCAAGCAUGUUGAUGACAGCGAUGAUGAAGGCAGCGAUGACGCUAUUACCCCGAUGUUCUACCCCAUGGGUCUGGGGUCUGUAUUGAUGAACAGCUGCUUCGAGAGCAAAAAUUCAUCGGAAGAUCCGUGCAGCGAAGCUGCGGUGCCCAUAGCGCCAUGCGCCAAUGUCAUUGACGGAGCGACUUUCCUGGGUGUUGGGUUUGACGGACGUGGUGAAUACUCCACCGACUCCAGGAAGAAGAGCCUCAUCCAGCGAGCCUGUAAUAGUCUACAGGGAUACAAGGAGUACCACGUGCCUGAUCAGAUGACCGUGCAAGGCAUAUACGACACCGACGUGGAGACCUACUCCUUCAGCUCCAUGGAGGAGUACCGAGCUUACCUGGAGGACAAGUCUGCCGUGACGUCUGCUACCGCCAUGUUCCAACAGGAGAUGAACAAGGUUCAGGGACAUCUAGCCAUAAGCCCAAUCUUCGGACUUGUGGGUUCAGUCGGAGCAGGGUUCAGCGUCCAAUGGGGGAGCGACAGGGAGACUUCAGCUUUCGCAGCCCACUCAACUGCUGCUCAACAACUUGCUGAGCGUUCCACCCAAACGUUCGUAGCCAUGCUGGAGCUUAACGUGUUCAGGUAUGAAAUCUUCCUUGACUUCGUCAUACCUGAAGACUUGAACCUGGGCCUCCUGAGGGAUUUCGUGGCUCUGCCUUCGACCUACUUCGCCAUAGGAGCAGAGAGGGAGUUCCAGGACUUCAUCCUACGCUGGGGAACACAUUAUACCACUUCUGCCAAGUUCGGUGGACAGUUAAAAGUCAUUAAGGUUUUUGAAGCCUCCGAUGAAGACCAACAAACCGCUUUCGCCCAGGCUUCCCAGGCUGACUUCAAACAGCUCUUCAGUACCUACUCGUCGUGGCAGACACAAAUCAAGUCCAGCAGCUUUUGGCACGAUCAGGAGCUCAAGUCUGAUAGUGAGCGUUCUUCGGGCAGCGCAGUUGAGCACUCGACCGAACAGGAGUCUGCACAAGAACACGCGGCCAGGAAUUCUGUGGACUACAGCAACGAGAUGAUGAUCGUGCAGGGAGGAAACCAGAGGAUUGCAACCGCCAUCACCGAGUUCUACACCACGUCUUUCGGAUCCGAGCUCAGAGCGUGGCUGGACUCCAUAGAGGACUACCCGAAAGCUUUUGAGUUCACUCUGGAGCUGAUCACGGAUCUCUUCGACAUGAAUUUUGACACGCUCUUCCCCCAUGGUAUUCGGGACUACGGCUGCUUCGGAAGUAAGGACCUUAGUGUGGACGACAAGGGUCGGAAGUACUACGUAGAAGACUCUGAGGACCCCAACACUUCACAGCAUCACGCAAACAUCCGUUACUGCAACUUUGACACGCAGGAAAAGUUCACGGAGAGCGUGACCAACCGCCGUUUGGCUCUGGAGCGUGCAAUCGCCGUGUAUCUGGUUGAGGGUCGACUUAUCAGUGCUGACUUCUCCCUCCCUGCCGGGGAGCCCGGGUGUGAAACCUCGGAACUGGCACUCCUUCAUGACUCCAACGUCGGAGCCCCGAGCUGGCAGGACAUGAUCAGCGGAGGAGAGUUCAACGUCCUCUUCGACCUCCCUGUGGACAUCCCCAACUUCCUGGUGGCCAGGUCCUCAGUCCGUCUGAAGUACGCGAAGCACAGGUGGUUGACCAUGAGAGACGGCUUCCACCCGCACACGUACGACGGACACAGAAAUGGCAACAGUGGGGACGUCACAAGGAACAAGGUUAGUGUAGGAGGUCUGGUCAUGACGUACGACGAGGAUACAGGAUUGUUCACCGUGACUCCAGAAGACUUCGAGGCGUCCGCACAGGCUAUUCAGGACCUGCCUGACUGGAUGAACGGCCUGCCUGUGGCCAGGGCAGAGCACAAAUCGCUACUGCGGCACCUCAGUGAUUCUGAUGCUUUGUCGACUGGAGAUAUACCGUGUAACCUGAGGUGGUCCAACGCCCACCGUAUCGACCCGACCGACGGAGGAAAGUGCAUCCACUUCACGGCGGCAUCAGAGGGAGACAUCUUCGUGGUGUUCGCCGGAAUUCCUCGCGAUCAUGAGACCUGGCUGACCGUAGAGAUCUCUCCAGACGGCGUCGCUAUGUAUAAAUCCCUGCGUCUGGUGACCAGCCAGCUCGAACGUGCGGCGAAGGGCCUGGGAACAGCCACUCUGUACCAGUCUUACUUCGUCUGCAUCACUGAGGACAUCACGGCAGGAACUACAACUGUGCAGUACGGCAAGAUACAAGACAAUGAGGAGCGGAUUCGCAUCUGGAUGGAUCACCAGUUCGACGAGGUCCUCUCUCUGUAUUACUACGCGUUCGGGAGCGGCGCCCAUGAGGUGAAGAUCAUGCGCGUGUCUCAGUCCGACGUGCCCGGAGAUGACUUCAUCAUCUGCGGCACUGGAAUGGAGAAAUCCGAGGGGAGAUGUGUGCCUAGGGCAUAA